AUGAUUUACACCGAGGUCCUCCUCUCCCAGCGCACCCGGCCCUCGCUCUCCGGCGAGAAGUUCAUGACGUACGAUCCCAGCAUUAACCAGCGCUUCAAGAAGAUCUACGAGCCGCAGAGCACGCUGCGUGGCGAAUUCGGGUGUGCAUACGCGCGCGAAGCAAUUCCUCCUACCAGUGCAUCCUUUCUGUGCUGCAAUCGCCAGGUCAACGCCGAGAUGACGGAGACAUUGGCGCGGCUGAAGAAGAAGGCGUUGGUGAGCGUUAAGCUGGAUUGCAUUGCCGAAGAUGAAAGCUUCCACUACUUCACCUGGCUGGGGAUUCCGCUUGUCUCCACUUCGUGGACUAUGCAGUCGCAGAGCGCAAGAGGCAUGCUGCCAACUUGGCUGGGACGACUGCUUACGUCCUCAAACGCUGGACCCAUGAAGCCCACCUCAACGACGCGAAUUCCGCGUCUCUGGAUCGACGUGCGCAUCAUGGGCGACAGGAUGAGCAAGUGGCGCCGGAACAGCAGUCCCGCAGACCGUACAGGCUGGGCCAUCUGCGCAGCGCUCAAGCGCCUCUUCGAUAGGGGCCCGUAUCUCGCUGCGGAGCGGGAUCAGCCUGCCUCUCGUGUGCUCAGUGUAGACGAACUAGUACUGAACGUCAUCCCUCCGCCGCCGACGGCAUCGUUGUAUUCCCCUACUGGCAUGGCGCCUGCGAAGCUGCUAGACGAAGACUUCCCGCUUGAUGGUGUCAAAGAGGGGACUGUGCAUCCGAGGACGGUGGCGAAGGAACUGGUGAAUGUGUGGGGGAAGAUCUGGGCGGGGGAUGAAUUCAAGGGGAUCUUUUAUGGUGGUCUGUUGGAGAAGAUCGGAUGGGUAAGGAUUUGUGUCGGUGGGGAGACGUUCAGGGUGAGGGAGCUGAGAGGGGUAUUGGAGAGAGGGCAGAAGGAGAGGAGGAGGAUUGCGGAGAGGGUGGGGUGGUGA